AUGGCAAAUUGGAAGGAGAAAGGAGUGGUUCCGGAUUCUGAGGAUGAAGAAGAAUUUGAUUCCCAAAAUUCUAUAAAUCAUGAGAUACGAGACAAUGCCGCAGACGACGAGUUUCAUGAUAUCGACGAUGUUCUCGAACAAAUUAACAAUGUCAGAAGAGAGGAUGAAGAAGCAUAUCCCAAUACGAGAGACAUUGUUGAGGAGAUCGGAAUGUCUCAAGCUUCAUCCGUUGACAUGAUCCAAUCUUUUGAUAUAGUCAAUGACAAAUUUGUUGACAGUCCGAUAGAAGUAAUUAUGAGAGACUCUUCGGACAGUGUGAAACAGAAUCAAGAGCAACCUAUCGAAACUGGAGCGACUGGAUUCUUACCUGAACCCACUCCAGAAGCAGAGGCUGAUGAGGUUUCCAGAAGCUGGAUUAAAACUCUAUCCCCAGCAUCCAGCAUCCUGUCAUCGCCUCCAACAAGCCCUAUUCGAUCGCCUCCAGUGGCACAGCCUCUUUCUUCUCCUGUCCAACAACCCAUACUCUCAAGACCUACAGAGCAGAUACGCGAGGAGUCUCCAGCACAAGCGCAACCAGGCUUUGAUAAUUCAGACUACCUUCCGAGGAGGCAAUUUAGAGAAAGGAAGCCUGUGCAAAUACAUCCAUUUCUCUUGGAGCAACAGCGUUACGAGCGGAGGAUGAAGGCUUCUCACAUUAAACCUAUUCGAAUUCCACAAAGCCAAGAUGAACCUAGUCGAAAGAAAAGAGUCAUACAUAAUCAAGAAUCGUGGGAUAAGGAUUUUCAAGACCCAGAAGAGGCGGAAGCGGGUGACAUGGAAGAAAGCCAGCCUAUUACGCUCACCGGAGGCUCUCUACCACAGUCGCUAUUAGCAGAUAGCGUACGCGAAACCAUCAAGGAGCCAAAUAAUCUAACAUUGGGGGAAGAAGAAGAGGAUAGCGACCAUGAAUUUCCAGACCUUCCAGAUUUGUUCAGACAGAAGUCAAAUUUAGUAAAGCCCAAGCAGAAGAGAUCGUCAAAGAAGUACUCAACUAAAAAUCGACCGAAAUUGCCAAACCAAGCCCAAAGUGUGAAUAAAGAACCUAGAUUAAACAUCUACGAUUUUCCCAGCUCAUCUUCGACUGGCUCUUCACCCAUUCGUUCAAGAACUGUACGAAGGCCUGCGUCUCGUGUAAUUUCUGUUACAUCCUCACCUGCCUCAGCUCCUGUUUGGUUGGAUCAGAGCUCUCCACAAUCUCGGCGAAUCACAGAAGUGCCCACUCCAAUUACGAGUGCUAUUAAAGCCUCUUCACACACAUCCCCUUCGAAAAUAAUGUUGGAUACAGAGGAUCCGUUUGCCGACCCGAUAGAAAUUCCUUCUUCAGCAUCUGGUUCAUCCUCGACGUCGUCAUCUUCGGAAGAAGAGGACGAAAUGGUAUUCUUGAAGAAAAAGAUGAAACACGUGCUACCUGCAUCCCAUCUAAGACUUGAUCAAAAAAGAAAAGAGACACGAGAACUCAAACUUCAAGCAAAGAAUUAUCAAAAGGGUAAUGAAAAGCGUGCUGGUGUUGGAGUUGCUCUUCCUGUUGUGCGAGGGUCUAAUCAAGCAGCUUCCACGCAACCUGCCAACCAACUUGCAUUUUUAGAAUCUGACGAAAGUGAUGAGCCCGAUGAGAACAAUUUCGAAGGAUUUUUCAUGGAAGACGAUGAACGAAUUGGAGCUGAUAGCCUAUUUCAAGAAUCGACUUCCGGGUUUGCUAUUGAAGAUGACCGUGUUGAUGGUAUGCUGCCAACUCCAAGUCGCAAACGUGUAGCCAAGAGUUCAUUGAAGCAGCCCAAUGCUAAACGUCUAAUGAAGUCUUCAUCUCAUAUCUGGAAUCAACAAUCACAAUCAUACCAACCGAGGAUAACUUCGCACCUCACGGCUAUAGCUCCAGCUAUCCGCAAGGCCAGCAAACCAAAACGAAGACGGCUCAAGAAGACACCGCCCAAGCUUAGUAUAAUAGACGUUGCUGAGAAUGCUGGUCAUUUCGAGCCACAUGCACCGGCAUUCCUCAAGGUAGCGGCUCGAAGCGCAAGAUCACGAAAGGAACUUGGACGUCAAAGUCCAACGCGGAAGUUUAUCAGGCUUGCGACUCGCGAAGAUACUGCUGAUGCCCAGUCAGUCUUGCAAGAUUGGACGAACCGCAAAAUUCGGCCCAGGAAUGUUUCAUUCAUACCUCGAUCCGAAAAUGUCAACGCAUAUCCGCUUACUGAAAUCUCUACCAAUCAUCAAACGAAGCUUCCUCCACCCAUUAUGAAGCUUCAGACGAGCCUACGAAAGUCUCAGCCAAGUACCGAAUACACCAACACAAGGAAGAUUCGCGUACCCAGAGCAAGGCAGCUCUCGAUGAACGAUUUUGUAGCGAAUAGAGAUGUGGAACCAGAAAUGCCUCCAUCGAAAAAUGCUUCAACAGUCGUUACCAAGACUCAACAUAGAGCACGCCCAAAUUCUUAUUUCGCAGCACCAUCCGCACGAUCAGCGCAACUUGAAGCAAAGCAGUUCCCGACCAGAACCCUGGAACCGAGGAAGAAGACCCUCGAUGCCCUCUUUCGUAUGAGUCGCCAGCAGCCUUUACAGCGAGGAAAUCUCCAACUCAGCCGUUUCUUGGCCGAUGACGAUGCCGUACAUCCUUCAAUAGAAUCCAAUGUUCUCAAUGGGGACAAUGAUGCCGUACAUCCUUCAAUAGAAUCCAAUGUUCUCAAUGGGGACGAUGAUGUAAUAUCAAACCGUCUCACAAAGAAGGUGGGAAAGCAGCCUCGACGUCGGAAGCGGUCACCUCAACGUUUAGAUGCAGGUGCAGCUAUCUAUCGUCAACCGAGUGAGCCACUCUUAUCGUCCUUUUUGGUGCCUGCGCUGAGUGAAGUAAGCGCCGAUCAAGGGAAACUUUUUGGUCUAGGGAAAUUUGGCACAAGGUAUCCUCAACAUUUUGAUGUUUUUCCACUGCAGGCGGGAAUAUAUUUCCAUGAGACUACCUUCCUUGGCAGUGGAUGUCUUGCAAAUACUCUGAAAAAUAUAGAUCUCGUCUCAUCUGACGAUAACAGGCCUGCAACGUCGAUUGAAGUGGGGGACAAUGUUUUCAUAUGGGGAACGUGGAAUGCCAUUGUCUCCGAGCAAAUGGGCGUUUGUGUUGACUGGCUAGCAGAACAACUUACUGAUACAUCUGAGAUGCUGAACAAGUCUGACUUGAUCGCGACUACCAGUCUCAUCUUGGAUUAUGUACAGCAUGGCGUGAAUUUCUCAAGUUCUGAGUCGAUAUCUGAAUUUUUACUACGAAUGUUAGAUAUACUAGAAGACUUUUCAUCUCGCCUCAAUAUAUGUCACGUGCCUAGUGUGAACAAUCGGCAAGCAAUUCAAGUCACUACUAGACUUUUGGUGCUCUCACUUCGAUUACUACGCCUUUCACAAAAUGGUGCACAUGUAUCGACUCUCCGCCUCGAAGAAUUAUUGCAGAAAUUGGGAAGUUCUUGCAUCGGUCUCUUAAUAUCGGAAGGCUUAGAAUCUGUAAGAAAGCUGUACGACGAGCUGCAAUAUCUGUCUGUAAGAGAGGGUGGCAUAAGAAACGAUCGUUACGUCCCUGAAUCUUGGGUCAUUAUCAUUCAUGUUUUAAAGACUGCAAAGAUUCCACGAGUUUCGUUUUGGGACGUUGCAAACAUACAAUUGGGCAUCAAAAGUAUAAGUUCGUUGCAGGAUGCCAAUUCGAUGGAAAACCUAUGGCUCUCCAUGUUCUCUCUUCUGCCACUUUUCGGGUUUGAUGAAUAUGGUUACGUUUCGUCAGUUUCAUGGCAGGAAAAUGGAUUCGAUAAUUGGUCACUUCCGCAGCAAUUGAUCAAAAGGGUAUUUGCACUUUAUGCGUCGAAUGUUAGACAAUCACCAAGCUUCAACGAUUACUGCAGAGCAAUUGUGAGUCGAUGUCAUCACCUGAUAUCAAAAUGGGGUUGGUGGAAGUGUAGCGGGAUAAUUGGCACUCUAUUUGAUUGCUUUGCUUUACAGAAGCUUGCAAAUUUGCGAAAUGAAGAGGUUUAUAAGUCGCCUCAAUUUCUGGAAGAUUUGACUAUAGAAUCUCCACUAGAUAUCGAACCAGAGGACCGCUGCUUUCAUAUUUUUCUCAAAUUGGUAGCCAUUACAAUCAGGCAUCAGCGUGCAGUAGGCGAUACUAAAGGUAUUAGGAAUUUGGUUGCGCGGAUCUUGCCAAACCAUGAUAGACAAUUUCCAAAAGAAGAGGCGAUUUUUCAUCGUGAUCUUGCCUCGUUGCGCAACCAUCAUGACCUUCUGUGCACAGUAUACUGGGCUGCCCCACCAGGUUACGGGCCGUCCAUCACUUUGCUGCAGAAGCUUGUUUCGGCUGCUCACUCACAUAACGAAGCCUUUUUAAUAAAUUUAAGGGCUUGGGAACGGCUUGCUCGGUUCACCUUGUCUAACAUUCCUACCAGUUUCACUGUUGAAUCAUAUGGACCAUUUGUCACUUGGCAGGACUCCUUCUUCAAUAGUCUGCUCGAAGAAUAUGUGGAACUAACCCAAGUUCGGCAGCAACUACACAUUCAAUCCAACGGAACUUUUCAAACAGACGUUGACUGUAAUCGAGGAAGCACCAUGUCCUGUAUACAAGCUGUGGCAAGAUCGACCAUAGAAUCAUUGAAAUGCACAAAUUCAACAACCUUGAAGCGUACCAUAAACCUAGAAAUGCUUGCGAAAAUGUUAUCUAUAGGCUCCUCCAAAGAUAAAAUUGACCAAGAAUUAACCUCAUCUGCAAUCGAAAUCCUCAACUGCCACCUGCAUCAACUCAAUAGCGCAGAGCCAGAGAGCAAAUCUGAAGCAAGUCCAGAUGGAGAUGAAGAAUUUGACAGCCAGGGUUUGGAGUGUGAUCCCGACUGGGCGAAAGAAAUGCAGUUUAUGGACGAUUAUCUUCACCCGCUUGAUCGUGCAAUCACUUCAACCUUCCGAGAUUUAGUUCAAAGGAUAUUGCAUGAUGGCCCGGUUCCACUAGAACAUACGACGAAUUACUUCUUUAUAGGCCGCUUGAUCAAGUGCUGGGCUCACUUCAUCUCCGCUUUCAUAAAGUUCGACAUCUAUUCUCCGAAGGCCUUCCUAACUGUCGGUGCAAACGCAGUCUUUCAACAUCGAGAGAAAUCGCAUUGCACGCUUUUAGCUUGGCCGCUGUAUCUCAGUGAGCUACUUGAGCACACAAAAUCAUUGCAUUCUAAUGUUCCUGGCUUCGACGUUGGAUCAGAAUGGAUGAUAGCUGUUUCCAAGCCACAACACGAACUUCGUUGGGAGAAUGCUUUGACUUAUCAACUAUUGAAGAAAGGACAUUUCCUCCUUGCGAGCGAGACUAUAAACGAUGCAUCUUCCAAAUCUCUAAUGGAGGAAGCACCAUCUGCAAAGAGGAAUCAACAUUUUAUCAAAGGCGCUAUUAUCAGAAUCCAGAAGAUAUUCUCGGACCGAACGUUACUUGCUUCUACAUUUGGCAAUGCGACCAGAGAGACUGUCAAGACUAAGUUCUCAGCCUUGUUGAAUUCUAUCAUGCUCUCAAUGCAGCAGCACUUGCAAAAGCUCCAGACUACUAACGCCAUUGCUCACGAAGAGUAUGUGAGCUUUGUACAAGAAGUGGUCUCGCAGAUUCGUUCUCAUUGCAGCAAUAUUUGUCCCCCCUUGGAAUUCUUCUUCCGCCAUUCUCCUGCGUACUGGCCUCCAGAGACGGAUCCUACUCUUUACUUGGCGGGUUUAACAUCAUAUACACUUCAACUAUCUUCGGAACGGGAAAAAACGCGGAAUGGAUUGAUAUAUUAUCUUUGGAAUGGAUUCAGAAGUUCGCUGUCGGCUACCGAUGUACUUUAUAGCUACAUCAGCCGGAUUUCGAAGGGUGCACGGCAUAGGGACAUGCUGGAAUUUUUACUGACUGACGUCGUACCCUCCACACUGGAAGUCGCAUUCGAAAAUGAAGCUGGCUGGCUCGCAUGCGAAGUCUACAUGGUAGCAGUAUCGAAAGCUUUUGAAAGCCUCGUUCUGAGCGGGCAACAAGUCGGGCAAGUCAUGGUUCACAUGAAAAUUUUGCUACAAUACAUCUUCAACAGCCUUGGUAGUCACUAUGGUAGAUUUGGCCACGCUGUUGAAGCCAUGCAUCCCAGUCACCGAGGUAUUGUUGCUGUCAUCUUUCGAUUUUGGCGUGCUUGCAGGCCGCACCUGUACAACCUAAAUACUGGUUCUGAAAGUGGUCUGGGCGAUAUAUUUGAAUGCUUCGAUGGCUUUGUAAAAUCAUCAAUACUAUGUUUUACAAACGACCAAGACAUCGACUUCCAGUUUAGGCACUUUGAUAUUGGGAAGGUGGGCAACGAAGUCGCUAUAGAAGAGAUGGCGCGCGAAGUUCAAAGCAAUUGGAGGGUAAAUAUGGCAGAUGGGGGAGUAGAUGUACGGAUGAAUGAUGGUACAAUUGUGAAUCAUUGUUGUAACAACGGUCCUCGAGACCUUCGUGAGGUGCUUCAAGGAACACUCCCUGAAUCUGAUAUCAAAAAGGCUGUAGCUUCGUUGGAUUGCUACUUUUGA